UGGGAAGAAUAAUAACAAAUCUCAACACGUGUGGAAUUGGUAGUGUCGUGAAGUUUAGCCACAGAUCAGAUAGUAACGUUCUAUGGUUUGUGAGGUCAGCCCCCUGUCUCAGUCCGGCCAAAUAUCAAUUAAAAGGUGCUGGGAACCCCAGAACCCGAGGUGAACUCGAACCUGCCCACCACCAUGGAUCGGAUGUGGAAGCAGGUCAAAUUGGAGGGGUCUUUGGCCGCCGAGCCUCACCUCAUGGGCAUCGAAUGCCUAACCGAUUACUCCAUGCUCAGUCGAACCACGGGCGUGGGAAAGAAACGGGUGAUUUCGCUGAAGGAAAAAGCCACAGUCGAGAAGAAAGCUGAUGGGCGUGGCUCGGCUCAAGUCGAUCAAGCUCACGCCACUCCCAACGAGCCGCUUCCAAGCCGUCCAGCCCAGACUGAGAAGAAGAAGGAGAAGAAGAAGAAGAAGCCAGCCCAAGUAACCCAAACUCCGGAAAGCGGCUCACAUAUCAUUGCAGAACCGGCCGCCGAUCUAGGACCACCCAAACCCCCCAAGAUCCCGCGAAAAACAUCCCCUAUCAGCCCAAUCCGGGUAGCCAGUGGGGAAGGAAUGGAGAAAGUGGCCAUGGAAGAGCCUAAAGAAGAAGCUCACGGGGGUUUGGAGGCUUGGCAUGGCAUGGGUGUGCCCCCACCCGUUCUCCAAGCCUUGCACAAGCUCCAAUUCAAGCAACCCACGCCCAUCCAAUCCGCCCUGAUUCCUUCGGCCAUUCUCGGCCGCAUGGAUGUGGUGGGUGCGGCGGAAACGGGCUCGGGCAAAACCUUGGCCUUUGCCAUUCCCAUUAUCGAGACGAUUCUACGCGAGCGAAACGCUGGGUGCCCACCUCCAUCCUCGCCGGGAGAAGGAAACCGGAAUCAUGUCGAUCCCGAGGCGGGUGAAGCGGUUGACGAUCUCUCCAUGACAAGCCCGCCGCCGGAUUUGAAAGCGCUCAUUUUGACGCCCACCCGUGAAUUGGCCGUGCAAGUCCGCGAUCAUAUUGACCAAUUACUUCAGUUUACGGAUAUCCGAACUGCAGUGGUGUUUGGCGGGUUGGCCGUUCAGAAACAGACCCGUAUCCUAUCGUAUGGGCCGGAAAUUGUGGUGGCCACCCCCGGGCGAUUGUGGGAUCUGGUCCAAGAAGGCCAUCCCCAUUUAUCGCGCCUUUCGGAAAUUAAAUGCUUAGCCAUUGACGAGACGGAUCGGAUGUUAGAACGGGGUCAUUUUGAAGAGCUCCAUAACUUACUCGAGUUGAUCAAUAGCGAUGAGGACCUGAUGCAACAGAGGCAAAAUUUCAUAUUCUCGGCCACGCUCUCGUUGGUGCAUGCUGCACCUCAGCACCUGAAGCAGAAAAAACGGAAGAAGGAGUUAACACCUUCGGAAAAGCUCAACGGGUUGAUGAGCUUGAUCGGAGUAAAAUUUCGCCGAAAGGUGGUUGAUCUAACUUCCAAAGGCGGUCCUGCGGCCAGUAUCAUGGAAUCCAGGAUCACGUGCGCGUUCUCCGAGAAAGACAUCUACCUGUGCUACUUUCUUAAGAAGCAUCCGGGGCGAACUUUAGUGUUCUGCAAUUCAAUCGAUUGUGUUAGAAGACUGGUGAACCUUUUCACUCUCUUGGGUGUGGAACCCUUGGGACUUCACGCUCAGAUGCAUCAGAAGCAAAGACUGAAGAAUCUAGAGCGCUUUACGAAACUGCCCAACGGCAUUCUGAUGGCAACGGAUGUGGCUGCCCGAGGGCUCGACAUUCCUAAUGUUGAUCAUGUUAUCCACUAUCAAGUGCCCAAAACUUCAGAGAGCUAUGUCCAUCGAUCGGGGCGCACUGCUCGAGCUACCAAUGAUGGGAUUAGCGUCAUUCUCAUGGAACCCGCCGAAAAUUUUGACUACAAGAAACUUUGCAAAACUCUGGGUAAAGAUGAGGACCUGCCAGAGUUUCCCAUUGAUCGCGUUAUCUACCGAGGAUGGCAUGAUGUUCUUCAAGUGGCGCGGGAAUUGGACAAACUAAAAUUGAGUGUUCGGAAAGAGGACGCCCAAAAGAAGUGGUGGGAAAAGGCUGCCGAGGAAGCCGAUUUGAUCGUGAGUAGUGAAGACGAGGACGAUGACGAAAGAGCCAAUAAUCGGUUUGAAGCCCAAAAACAAAGAGUCAAGAUUCGCAAGAAACAACAACAAUUACAAGAAAUGUUGUUGCGCAUGGGUACGAACGUACGAGCGGCGGGCAAAUAUCCAACCAUGUCGGGACAUCUAGUUGAAAUGGAAGAUGAGCCCAAAAUGUCGGCCAUUGACACGUUAUCUCUGGAGACCACGAUGAAAAAAAAGGACCAGAUUAUAAGACGGAAAACGAACAAGAACAACUUCAAACGAAAACACAAGAAAAAGAAUAAAAAGUCGGUCUAGAUAUGUUAAUAAAGGAAUCACGGUUUAUUCUCUAUGAA